AUGUGGGAAUGUGAAUGGGCUGCCUUGAAGCAGACAGACCCCGCAGUUGUGGCUUUCAUGCACACAUACAGAAAGCCAGAACGCCUGAAUCCCCGAGACGCCCUUUUUGGCGGUCGCACAAAUGCUCUAAAGCUGUACCACAAGACUGCUUGUGAUGAAAAAAUAUUCUACUACGACUUCACCAGUCUCUAUCCCACAGUGCAGUCUAAAAAAGACUAUACUGUAGGACACCCUCAAGUCAUUUACACCAACUUCGACAAGCUAGAAAAUUAUUUCGGCUUUCUUAAAUGCACAGUGCUCCCACCUAAGGGUCUUUUUCACCUUGUCCUACCCUACAGGUGCCACGGCAAACUGAUGUUUCCACUCUGCAGCAUGUGUGCUGAAGACCAGAACCAGCACACUGCAUGCAGGCACAGUGACAGUAAGCGGGUGUUGAAAGGCACUUGGGUCUCAUUUGAGCUUGAAAAAGCUGUUGAGAAGGGAUACAGGGUUCUUUCUAUUGAUGAGGUGUGGCAUUUCCCCAAUAAGACCAACACAUUGUUUAAAGACUAUGUGAAAGCCUUUCUAAAACUAAAACAGGAGGCCUUGGGGUAUCCAGAACACGUGAAAACACCUGAGGAACAGCAGAAGUACAUAGAUGAGUAUUAUGAGAAGGAGGGUAUAAUGCUAGACCCAUCCAAGAUUUGUGAUUUACAGGGUUAUAAGUGGGUGAGUUGGCGAGUGUGGUUGUGUCGUCUGGGUUUCGUGCUCUCCCUGGGUCUCCUGUGGAUUUUAUUUUACUGGUUGCCACGGUUUGCUGUCCUUGUCCGCUGCAGUCCCUGCCCUCCAGCUUUGGCAGAUGUUCUAAUAUUAAAAGACUCUUCUGGACAGCAGUUUGUGGUGGCGGUCCUCACUGAGGAGGUCGAGGAGGGCAGUUUGGAGCUGCUGGGAGAGUUAGAGGAGCCAGACUGCAGAGAUACUGUUCAUCUGUACACAGGGGAGAAAACGCUGCUGCGGUACUACCUGUUUGAAGAGCUGCGAUACAUCUGGGUGGACAGGAAGGGUGCUUUCUGUUGUGUUAGUUCUCUUCAUGAAGACUGGACCUGCAGUAAACUGUAUGAGUUCCAAAGCGGACUGAGUCCUCAGGAGCAGAGCUCAAGGAGAAGCAUAUAUGGAGCCAACCUCAUCAAUGUACCAGUAAAGCCUUGGAUGAGGUUGUUGUUUGAGGAGAUCCUCAACCCGUUCUAUGUGUUCCAGCUGUUUGGCAUUAUCCUUUGGAUAAGUGAUAACUAUUAUUAUUAUGCCACAGUGGUCCUUGUACUCUCUGUCGGCUCCAUUGUUUACUCACUUUAUGAGACCCGCAGACAAUCUAUCACUUUGCAUAACAUGGCCAGGUUGGUCACAGACGUCACGAUCCGCAGAAACUCAGGAGCAAAGGAAUGUGUGAGUUCGAUAGACCUGGUCCCCGGCGACUGUCUCAUCAUCCCACAGAAAGGUCUGCUGCUUCCAUGUGAUGCUGUGCUGCUGGCUGGGGAGUGCCUCGUUGAUGAGAGCAUGCUUACAGGUGAAAGUGUCCCAGAGCUGAAAACUCCACUGCAGGCUGGUGACAGGCAGUACAGGUCAGACACAGAGCACAGACACACCCUGUUCUCUGGUACUAAGAUCAUUCAGGCCAAAGGCAGCAGGUCGGGAGAUGAUGGUGCUGUUGCUGUUGUCACAAACACUGGGUUUUUUACAGCCAAAGGUCACCUAGUCAGCUCCAUUCUGCACCCUCAGACAAUCAACUUCCGCUUUUACAAAGAUGCUGGCAGAUUUCUACUCCUGCUGGGCAUUGUUGCUCUCUGUGGCUCUAUUUACAUUUUUGUGGCCCUCUACGAACAGAAUGCAACCUGGCAGGAGCUGAUUGUUAGGAGCUUGGAUAUUGUGACCAUUGCAGUGCCACCUGCCCUGCCUCUUGCCAUGACUGCUGGCGCUAUCUAUGCCCAGAAAAGGUUGAAGAAACAGGGUAUAUACUGCAUCACUCCACCACGCAUCAACGUCUGUGGGAAGGUCUCUCUCUUCUGCUUUGACAAGACAGGAACUCUGACAGAGGGGGGUAUGAAUGUGGAGGGAGUGAUUGAGGGAGGACCUGGUGGUUUCUCUGAGCUUGUCCAUGACCCCAGCCUCCUCCUUCCAAAGCCUCUCCUGUUCAGCCUGGCCUGCUGUCACACUCUUACCCUGCUAGAAGGUCAGCCCCAAGGAGACCCUUUGGAGCUCAAAAUGGUUGAGUCCACUGGUUGGACUCUCCAUGAGCCUGAGGGAGAUGGGAAUGUGGUGCCUGCAACAUUUGGAAGGCACAAGGUUUUGGCAUUGAUGAAACCUCCGACUCGGUCUCUCCAAAAUCGAGAAAUAUCUGCAGUUGCACUUGUGCAAAGGUUUCCCUUUUCCUCUGGCCUGCAGAGGAUGAGUGUAGUGACUGUGGCACAUGGAUGGGACUCAGCUCUCGCUUUCAUGAAAGGAUCACCAGAGAUGGUGAUAAGCCUCUGUCAGCCUGAAACAGUGCCUGCACAAUUCUCUAGUAAGCUGCGUGAAUACACCAGUGAAGGCCUCCGUGUGCUUGCACUCGCCUAUAAACGAGUAGAUGUGAACUCUGACUUGAACACCAUUGAAAGAGAGGAAGUAGAAAAGGAAAUGCAUUUCCUUGGUUUCCUGAUGAUGAAGAACCUAUUAAAGCCUGAGAGUGCAGGAGUCAUUGACGUCCUGAGAAACGUAAACAUCCGCAGCGUGAUGGUCACUGGAGACAACCUUAUGACAGCUGUUAAUGUCGCAAAAAGCUGUAAGAUGGUAAGAUCGGAUGAAAAUGUGAUAUUUGUCACAGCGGCUCCCCACACUGACCAGGCUGACCCCACCCUGACAUUCAGAUUGGAAGACCAAGGAGCCAAUCCUGACCAGCGUCCAGCAGAGGUUAUUACUCAGAUUCUUGUUGCUGGUCCUUUUGACUAUCACUUGGCUAUUAAUGGCAAGUCUUUUGCUGCCCUCCAUGACCACUUCCCUCAUUAUCUCCCGAAGGUUUUGAUGCGUGCCACAAUAUUUGCACAAAUGGUCUCUGAGCAGAAAACCCAGCUAGUAAAGGAGCUACAGAACCUGGGAUACCGUGUAGGCAUGUGUGGGGACUGGGCCAAUGACUGCGGGGCACUGAGAGCUGCUGAUGUUGGGAUUUCUCUGUCUGAAGUGGAAGCCUCAGUCGCUUCACCUUUUACUUCCAAAACUGAAAACAUCACUUGUGUGCCUCAGCUUAUCAGAGAGGGCCGAUGUUCUUUGGUCACCUCCUUCAGUCUUUUCAGAUACAUGUCUCUAUACAGCCUGGUUCAGUUCUGCUCUGUCAUCAUCCUCUGCACGGUUAAGACAACUUUAGGUGACUUCCAAUUCCUUUAUUUUGACUUCAUUCUCGUAACUCUGCUGGCCAUUGUAAUGGGGAGAGGAGGCCCAAGUGAGGAGCUGCACACCUUCAGACCCCCAGCUAAUCUGCUAAAUUUACCAAUCCUAGGCAGCCUGUUGAUUCACACCUGCAUGAUCAUCCUUGGACAGGUGGCUGCUCUCCUCAUCACCACUUCACAGAACUGGUAUAUUCCACUCAAUUCAACUGUUUUUGAGACAGACAAUCUGCCAAACAUGGAGGACACGAGUGUGUUUGACCUGUCAGGUUUCCAGUACAUCAUCAUGGCAGUAGUAGUCACUAAGGGCUACCCUCACAAAGAGCCAAUCUUCCAGAACUGGUCGUUCCUUCUUGUGCUGUUCUGCCAGCUCUGCGUGAUGCUUUGGCUGGUUUUCCAUCCCCUGCCUGCAUUUUUCCUUCAGCUGUACAACAUCUCCGAUAUGGUGUUUAAAGUGGUGCUAGUUGGUGUAGCUGCGAUCAACUUUUUAAUUUGUUUUCUUGUGGAGAUACUGAUAGACUGUGGUGUUUUAAAUGGAUUUCGUCGACUGUGGAACAGAGGUCCAUCCAAGAAACAGUAUAAACGCCUCCUGCCUGACAUCAGAUUUUGGCAGCCCCUUUAUGAGAAUGUGAUCAUCAGUGAAGCAGAAAACUGA